AAAAAAGACAAUUACAGUUAGAGAAAAAAUUUAAUUAAUUUAUUUAUGAACAAAUAAUGAAAUAAACGCUUUUUAGUUGUUACAAAAGAGAGACACCGAUUUCGAUGUCUCCGCAAUUAGAGAAUGCUUAAGUUACCAAAAGGUUUAAAGAAGAAAAAGAAGAAGUCAAAAAAAGAUAAAGAACUCUUCACUGAAGAGGAACUCGAACAAUAUAAACGUGACCUUAAAGCAAAGCAAGAAGCUGCUGCUGCUAAAUCAGACGCUGGUGAAUCAGACGCAGCAUCAGACGUUGAAGGUUUAGCGUCAACAGCAUCUGUUUCAGUCGCUGGUGGUAGCAGUUUUAGUGUUGCUACUACUCAAGCAGCUGAAAGCACCGCUGACGGUGCUGAUACCGCUACAACUGUCAAAAAAUCGGAAGAAGACGAAGAGUGGGCAAAAUUUAAGGCACUAACUUCUGGUGUUGAUACUAUACUUCAUAAAACACAAGACGAGCUUGAUCGCAUAAAAAAAGAAUCCUUCUACCAGCGUUUACCUUCUGCAGCUGAAAAGAAACGACUUGAAGAAGAGGAAGCCGCUAAGCGGGAAGCAGAGCGCUUAGAAGAAGAACGUCGUAAGGCGGCAGAGCUUGAGGCUCAGCGUGAUAAGCUUGCAGAGGCUGUAGUUGAAUUAUCAGAAUCAGAACCUGAAGACGAGGAAGUACUUGAUGAUAUCUUUGCAACAGAUUAUAUUGAAGCUAUAACAAGUGGUGAAGUUCAACUAGCCGUUGUUCCUGAAUCACCAGUACUUGAAAUCGACGAGGGUCCUGAUCCGUUCGAUACUGCUUACGCUGAGAAAGUAAUUGUUGGCGCAGAUAAAACUAAGGGUAAUAAAAAGCUUGUCAGCUUAGGUGCGGCUGUUGAGGUACUCUCUGGCCGUGUUGAUCGUGAGCACGCGUUAGCUUUAUCCAAACCUAAACGCAAACAACGUAAAGGCAUACAGAAUCUUUUGUUAAGUGAAAGUGUUGAUUUUGGCGACACUGAAGCUGAUAUUGUAGCGGUUGAACCACAAAAGAACUUACUUGAUGAGCUUGUUGAUGAUGUGCCUGAAACUGAUGCCCCAAUCGACUUAAGUGUUUCUUUACAUUUAAAUUUUGCUCCACCAAAAAAGGUAGAGAACGAAGAAAACGACGAAGAAGUAAAUACUAAUUUUGAUUUAUCAGAGUUUGAUACUUUAAAAGAUGAUGAAGAUGACGAGUUUGCUGAAUUAGCAGCAGAGUCAUUGAUAAAAAAAGAAGAAGUCAAAGUUAUAACAGAAAUCCCACUUCCACAGGCAGAAGUUUUAAGUGAAACUUUUGAAUCUGAUUGGGCAGAGUUUGAAAAGACACCCGAAGAAAACACAACAGAAGUAGGAAAAGAUAAACCAAGUCGACCACCACCACCAGUACGGCCAGCAAGCGGUCCACAUAUUGUACCAGGUGCUAUAUACGUUAGCGAUAACGAAGACGACAAUUUAGACGACGAUCCAUUUAACACUGCGUACGCAGAACAAGUUAUUAAAAAGACUACCCUUUUAGAAGAAGACGACGACUUCGACCCUCGUGCUGAAGAAAAGACCGGUCCACCUGCAAAACCGCCUCCACCAUCUGCAAGUUUACUCUCACAACCUACACGUGAUUUGUUAGGGGGCAGCGCUACUGACUUAUCGAAAGUAGGUCCAAGGCCCAUUGCACCAACUCAAGAAGUAGUUGAGAACGACAUUGAAAACUUCGAUCCCUUUGAUACUUCUGCAAUUUCUGCUCUAGUACAGCCAAAAGCAACAGAACUAAAAUUUAUUGAAAAGGAACUCUUAACAGAAAAUAACCUUAAACAUUCCCUUAGUGAUCCUGAUUUUGAUCCGCGUGCAGAAGAAUCCACACAAGCAACUGCAUCAGUAAUACAGAUACAACCACCGCAGGCUGAUUUCGAUACUGCACGUCGUAAGUCUUCCUUGAGUUUAAAUAUACAAUCUAAAAGUGUUGCAUUUUUAGUUCCUGAUCAAGAUUUGCUUUCCAUAGCUAAUGACGGCUCAGGAAACAAAAAACCAUUAACACCGUACUACGCACCAACUGCUACUACGAUUCCCGAAAAAGAAUCAGAAGAUCCUUUUGAUACAUCUUACGUACCAGAAACAAAGCCAACAGAGAUUGAACUCAAGCACCUAGAAAAAGAUUUAUUAACAAAGUCGACACUAAAACAUAGUAUUUCAGAUCCAGAUUUUGAUCCAAGAGCACCACCAACACCUGUUUCAGCAGAGGAGUUACUGGCAGUUAAAGAAAACAUAAAUAUUAAAGUAUUAACACCGGCUCAAGAAAGUAAAGACUUAGCUGACGAGGAACUUGUUAUUGAUCCAUUUGAUACAUCAAUUGCCUCAAAUCUUCAACCAGGAAAAGCUGAGCUGAAACUAUUAGAAAGUGAACUUCUGCCAAGUUCUGAAUUAGAAGUGACUACUGGAGUACUCGAUUUGCAAACAGACGCUCAGGAACUAGGCUUGGGUGAUAAAGUAUUAACACCAUCUGUACCAGUAAAGCAAUUAACAUUACCAGAAGAUAUUGAUCCUUUUGAUACUUCAAUUGCUGAAAAUCUUGCACCAGGAGAAACAGAAAUAAAAUUGUUAGAAAGUGAACUUAUUGAACGUUAGAAAUAAACGAGUUUAAAAAAA